AUCUAUGAAGAAGGAGGGGAAAGUAUCCCUGAGCAUCCGUAUCCCUUUGAGACUGACGUAGAGAUCCAUUUGAUUGGUGCCAAUUGCAAAAGUCCCGUUGAAAGAUUUUUGAAUGGAAACAGUAUGGUAUAUGUUUUGCAGAAAGCCAGACACAAUGAAGAAAGUGACCCACUGGAAGAGUCAAAAGCAGAUGAUGCCGUUCAUGCUUCUGAGCUUUUACCAAAGGAGAGUUCUGGACCACAGGCUGUUCCUGUCAGAAGAGCAAAGCAGUUGAUUUCCUUAUAUACAAUGGUACAAAAUCCAAACAUGACCCACCUGAAGAUCGACGAGCUGGUUGUGCUUCCUCCCUUUUGGAUAAGAUGUGACGGUUCUGAUCCUGAACAUACUUGCUGGCAUGGAGCUGAGCCUCUCAAAGCUGGAAACAGAAUCACAGGGAUCAAUUUGUAUAUGGUUACCUGCGACGGUCCUAGAGCUGACAAAACGCAUUUUGCAAACCUGGAAGACCUCAAAAUGGCACAUAAAACGCAGCAUCGUUCUUCUGCUGUGACGACAAAAGGGUUUGCUCGGUAUGAACUUAUUAGAGCCGCCGCGAUGGAGGACACAACUCUAGAAUCUGAAAGCAACAUAUAUGUUGACAUCACGUGGAACAGCGUAGAAAAGAUUCUGGAGACACCCCCGCUAACUUCAGCUGCCACGCUGAACAUUGCACUGGCGUCUGGGGACCCCAGAAGUCCUGUCUAUCAGCUGUAUAGAGAACUGCAGUUUCUGCUUGCUUUGGCUGAAGGUUUGGAGUCGGGUGUGACUGCGUGGCCUGAGCCAUUGGAGACUGAAUCAGCUGUUGACCUGGUCCGGGAAUUUCUGGCCGAUUUAAAGAAGAAGCUGGAUGGAUGCUGUAUGGCUGGAAACGAGAAUGACACAGAGAAAAUCCAGUGUGGCACAGCUGCAGUGGACAGUUCCAUCAAAUCAAUCCUCAGUGAGCGAGGAGACCUGGAUUUUGCUGAACAGUUGUGGUGCAAAAUGAAAAGUGUCAGCUCCUGUCAGGAGUUGAUAGAGUGUUUCAGACUGAUCAUAAAAUCCCUGGAACACGGUGAGAUACAGCCAUGGAUUCAUCAAGGCAGCAGCAGUUUGCUAAGUAAAUUGAUUCAACAGUCGUAUCAUGGAAAGAUAGAUGCUGUUUCCCUCAGUGGCAUCACUCCGAUUCAAAUGCUCUUGGAGAUUGGUUUGGAUAAGAUGAAGAAGGAUUACGUCAGUUUUUUCAUAGGCCAGGAACUUGCAACGUUAACCUGCUUGGAUUACUUCAUUUCGACAUCGGUAGAUCUACAAGAACAAGUUCAUCGUGUUCAAAAACUUCACCACAUGCUGGAAAUAAUGGUCAGCUGUACAGUCUUACUUCAGUUUAAACAUGAGAACCUCUUCCCUUUGACACAAAUUUGCAUGAAGUAUUACAAGGAAAACCCUCUAAAUGAGAAGCAUGUGUUUCAACUGCCCAUCAGACCUGCGCUUGUCAAGAAGUUCUACCAAGAUGAUCACCCAGAAAUAUGGAAGGUGGACAUAAGUAGCGGGCAUGGACCGAGGGAGGUUAAAACAACGUGGCAAGUUAGUACUAAUCCUCCAGUUGAACAUAUGACAUCAAACAACACGGGUCUCCUUUCCGAUUCCACAGUUAAUGGAAGCAGUGAAGAAAGAAUGUAUUUUACUACAAUGACUAAAUGCAGUCAGGUGCCUUUCCUGUAA